CCGCCUGCUGGCUGAGUUUUUUCCGCGCGUCUUUCUCCUAAGGUCCUGAAUCUCUUCCAGUCACUCUCCCUCCGCUUGGGUUUGUCGUCUUCUGAGGCGUCGAGGGGAUACUCCUGAGAGAGGCUCCCUUCGCGCACGCGCGCAACUAUUUGGCGCGGUUAAUGUCGCGCGCCCUGCCUGGCGGGGCCUUAGCCCUCUGGCUUUCUGCCCUCGCGUCACUGAGGCUACUAGACUUGGCCCCUCCCCUUUCCCCGGACACCCCUACCCCCCUCUCCCGCGGAGGCUGGCCUCGCCGGUUACACCGCCUCCGGUCCGCGCCCCGCGCGUUCAACUCUUCCCGGCGCCCCUUUGCUCCCUUCGCGGUCGGGACGCUACGCUCGGGGGCCCGGGCUGAAACCCCACUUCGCUGAGACCCCAGCCUCCGCUCAGCUCCCGCUCGGGACCAUGACCUCUGAGGUGGCGCGGCAUCUGCUCUUUCAGUCUCACAUGCCAACAAAAACAACUUGUCCAUCCUCACAAGUAUCUGAUGAUGAACAGAAACAAAAAAGAGAAAAUAUUCGUUCUUUAACUAUGUCUGGCCAUGUUGGUUUUGAGAGUUUGCCUGAUCAGCUGGUCAAUAGAUCCAUUCAGCAAGGCUUCUGUUUUAAUAUUCUCUGUGUGGGGGAAACUGGAAUUGGAAAAUCAACAUUGAUUGACACACUGUUUAAUACUAAUUUUGAAGACCAUGAAUCCUCACAUUUUUACCCACAUGUUAGACUUAAAGCUCAGACAUAUGAACUCCAUGAAAGUAAUGUUCGAUUGAAAUUGACCAUUGUGAAUACAGUAGGAUUUGGUGACCAAAUAAACAAAGAAGAAAGCUACCAACCAGUAGUUGACUACAUAGAUGCUCAGUUUGAGGCCUAUCUCCAAGAAGAGCUAAAGAUCAAGCGUUCUCUCUUUAAUUACCACGAUUCUCGCAUCCAUGUGUGCCUCUACUUCAUCUCACCUACAGGUCACUCUCUGAAGACACUGGAUCUCUUAACAAUGAAGACCCUUGACAGCAAGGUGAACAUUAUACCAGUGAUUGCCAAAGCAGAUACAAUUUCUAAAGCUGAAUUACAGAAGUUUAAGAUCAAGCUCAUGAGUGAAUUGGUUAGCAAUGGUGUCCAGAUAUACCAAUUCCCAACAGAUGAUGAAACUAUUGCUAAAAUCAAUGCUUCAAUGAAUGGACAUUUGCCAUUUGCUGUUGUAGGAAGUAUGGAUGAGGUAAAAGUUGGAAAUAAGGUGGUCAAAGCUCGCCAAUACCCUUGGGGUGUUGUACAAGUGGAAAAUGAAAACCACUGUGACUUUGUAAAGCUCCGAGAAAUGCUUAUUUGUACAAACAUGGAGGAUCUGCGAGAACAGACCCAUACUAGGCAUUAUGAACUUUACAGGCGUUGCAAACUGGAGGAAAUGGGCUUUACAGAUGUGGGUCCAGAGAAUAAGCCGCUCAGUCUUCAAGAGACCUAUGAAGCCAAAAGACAUGAAUUUUAUGGUGAACGUCAGAGGAAGGAAGAAGAAAUGAAGCAGAUGUUUGUGCAGCGAGUAAAGGAGAAAGAAGCCAUAUUGAAAGAAGCUGAAAGAGAGCUACAGGCUAAAUUUGAGCACCUUAAAAGAGUUCACCAAGAAGAGAGAAUGAAGCUUGAAGAAAAGAGAAGACUCUUGGAAGAAGAAAUAAUCGCUUUCUCAAAAAAGAAAGCUACUUCAGAGAUAUACCAGAACCAGUCCUACAUGGCAUCAGGCAGCAACCUGAAGAAGGACAAAGACCGUAAGAAGAUCAGUAAUGCCCAGGUUCUGGAAGGUGGGAGCAAGAGAGCCUCUGAGUCCAUGAGGGCAGGUAGCCUGUUGUACGGAGCCCAGCUGGAAGGUGAGAGCAGGAGAGCCCGUGAGUCCCUGAGGGCAGGUAGCCUGUCGUACAGAGCCCAUCCACUGCCACAGCACUGAGCGUUAGCUGAGGGGAGUGUCAUCCUGGAAGCUCAAUUAUGUGAUACACUGGAGCUCCUGGUUCUCAGGCCAUCAGACUCAGGCUGAAUUACACCACAGACUUUCCUGGUUUUCCAUCUUGCAGACAGCAGAUCACAGGACUUCUCAGCCUCCAUAAUUGUGUGAGCCAAUUCCUGUAAUAAACCUCCCCUUAUAUGUCUAUA